AACAAAACAAUAUAUAUUAUAUUGAUAUAAACCGUUCAUUUAUAUUAUUCUAUCUUUUUUUUUCAAUUGCUGAUUUUAAGCUUCAACACUACCCAAAUCAUUCACUUUUUAAUUAUAACAUCUAAUAUUCUCAUCAAUGGGCCAAUUUAUCUCUAGCUUAACCCUCCGUCAUGGAGAUUCCACUAUUGUACCUGAGCUGGGUUUCGAUCUCGAAAAUGCUACGCCUUCAAAUGAAGAGCUGCAAUUAUAUAAUAAACUUUUUUCAAUAUUAAUAAAACCGGUACCAACUCUCUUACAUCUUUUAAAGAAUUAUGUUCCUGCCUCUGAGCAAAUCUCUAAUGCAAUUGCUAAACCAACUCCUGAAAAUGAUUCAAAAGCUUGGGAUGCCGUCUCUUCCACAGUAAAUAUUUUACGUGAUAUUUAUGAAUAUUCUAAUGACCUUAAGGAAAAUCUACCUACAUUAUUAACUGUUCUUUGCCAAGGUGAUGUUAAUAAGAAUUUAGAAAAAAAUCGGGGAUUAGCGAAAUUAUUUGCUGAAUUAUUAGAUUUUGUUUUUGAAUUUGAUCAAAUUAAAAUGCAUAACCCAACACUUCAAAAUGAUUUUUCUUAUUAUCGUCGCAUGUUACAGAGAGGACGAUAUAGUGUCAGCAUAGAUGAAAACGUAUCAGAUUUAAGGAGUGCAAUGAUGGAAAAUGAACAAGCCAAUCAUAUAUCAUUUUUUAUUGCCUAUCCUACACCUAUGCUUAAAUGUAUUAUUGAUACCACAACUCAUUUUGUAAAUAAAAAUAAAUUACAGAAAAGUGUAGGAGACUGUCUUGCUGUUUUAUGGUCAACUUGCUUUAAUACUGUCAAUAAAAAGAGAAACACGAUAAAUCAUAAUACAUCAACAUUCUGUAUGAAAGUGAUGGUUGCAUGUAUUAUUCUAUAUGAUCAUAUUAAUCCUAAUGGUGUAUUUUAUAAGAAUUCUCCUAUUAAUAUCAAGAAUUCAGUCAAGGCUAUUCAAACAACUCCAAUAGUCAAUCUAUCGAAUACUAAUGACUAUACAGCAGCUAACCUUUUAUCAGCUUUAAAAUAUAAUUCGAAACAUCUUAAUGAUGAUACAACGCCAAAAAAUAUCAAAAACUUGGUUUUAGCUACAUAAAGUUUUUUUUUAUCUUUUUUUUGAUUUUCUUCCUAAUAUUAUUUACUACUAAUACUACUCUUUACCGCUCUGCUAAUCUUAUACUACUGCAAUUAUAACAACCUAUUUUUUAUUAUUAAUAAAUGUGAUAGAUUUAGUUCUAUUUGCUACAUACACUAUCUACUGACUUUGAAUUAUAAUGAACGCAUUUACUGAAUUUGCUGUUGAAAUGACA